UUUACAAACUAUACCAAAAUAAGAUCUACUUCUAGAGAGAGAGGGAGAGAGCAAUUAACUCGCCGACGUUUUUCAUCUCCGUCGUGCAGUGUCGCCGCUCUCCACCGUAUUUCGCUCGUGUUAGUGGAAAAAAAAAGCAAUGGCUGGAGAGGGUGAAGAAGAUGUGCCAAGAGACGCCAAGAUUGUCAAGUCUCUGCUUAAGUCGAUGGGCGUGGAGGACUACGAGCCUCGCGUGGUCCACCAGUUUCUUGAACUAUGGUACCGUUAUGUGGUCGAAGUGUUGACCGAUGCUCAGGUUUACUCAGAGCAUGCCAGCAAAUCCACCAUUGAUUGUGAUGAUGUGAAGCUAGCUAUUCAAUCCAAAGUUAGUUUCAGCUUCUCGCAGCCUCCUCCAAGAGAGGUACUGCUAGAGCUUGCUGCGAGCAGGAACAAGAUUCCUUUGCCGAAAUCGAUUGCAGGACCAGGCAUUCCGCUCCCGCCUGAACAGGACACGUUGCUUAGUCCAAACUACCAGCUCGUCAUUCCGAAGAGGUCAGCUUCAGCAGAACCUGAAGAAACAGAGGACGACGAAGAGAUGGCGGAUCCUGCACAAUCAUCAUCUCAGGAACAACAAACAUCAGAGCUUCCGAGCCAGACUCCUCAAAGGGUGUCUUUCCCUCUCUCUAGGCGACCUAAAUAAGUAAAGAGAGAGAGAACACUGAAAAAAACUGUUAUGUAUCAAGAUGUGGAGAAUGUUAAGGAGUCAUUUAUCUCAAGUUGUGGAGCCUUCAACACUUAUAUAAACAUCUUCUACAAUU